GGACAGGCACCGACCAGCUCCAACUUGCUUCACUUUGGUACAUCCAACUACAGAAAAACAGAGACAAUGGAAGGAACCCAAGCCCACACCAAAGUGCCAUCCUACCUGGGAUGGUCCAUUUUCAACACUUUAUGCUGCUGUCUCCCAAUUGGAAUUGUUGCAAUAAUUUGCUCAUGCAGGGUAAGAUAUCAAAAAUUCUGACAAUCAAUUAUUCAGCAGUUAUAAAGGUAUUUACAAAAGCUUGUGCUGACUAACUAUUGAAUAGCUUGUGUGAUUUUUGAAGUGGAUUCUAUGGUUAUCUAAGUGAAAGUGGGAUAAUGCAUUGAUUAUCCCCCAUUGUGUGUUUGAAGGCGGAUAAAGCAAACGCAGUUGGAGAGGCAACAGCGGCAGCAGAGGCGUCCAGGAUAGCUAAGAUCCUCAACAUCGUUGGAUUGGUCAUUGGGAUUGUGUUGCUCAUCAUUAUUGUUGCAGUGAAACUCACUGGAGGCGCGUGAAAAGGGAGGAUAUGUUUUUGUACCAUCUUUUGCCCUUUGUAUUCCUUUUUGCGACUUCAUACAACACACCAGCCCAGACCUGCCCUGAUGAGGACCAGCUGUGCCCCUAACCGAGCCCCAAUGAAAACAAACGCCCUGCAAGCAAUUAACAGACCAGCGCUUGUGCUCCAUUCUCGGAGACAAAUAGGUAGAACUUUUUUUUUUUAACUGAGGAUGUUGCAGUUGCAGCUUUGAGAAAAAUAUUAAGCUUCCUGACUGUCAAAUGUAAUAAUAAACACAUGAAUCCGCCAACA